AUGCAACCAGCCAAGUCCCCACGAUGGACCAACUGGAACUGGAGCCGCUGGAAAUUCCACCCAAAACUACACAUGCGGCCCCCCGACGACGACGACCCGCAAGACUGGUGGUUCGCGUCGACCGCCAUCCCGCUCAUAUCGGCCACCACGAGCCCGCUCGCGAACGUCAUGUCGAUUGUUGCGCUCGCGAUGCGCUGGCGCUGUAAUGUGCAUUUUGAUCGCAGUGAUCGGUUGGGGGAUCCGGUGCAGACUACGUAUGGGGAUCCGGGGUGGUGCAUCGCGUUAAACGCCAUCUCGCUGGUGUGUGGGUUAGCAGGGAAUGUAUUCCUACUCUUUAACUUUACCAGAGUCGUGAGGUAUAUUGUUGCGUUGCCCGUGUCAAUCGUGUGUUGGGUUUUGGCUACUGCUACUCUAGUCUCAAGCAUAACAGCAAUGCACAUCUACGCGCCCCCAAUCCACCCCUCCCAAACCUACUCCCAAGCCUACUGGAGCGCCGUCAUCGCCUCGUGCCUCUACUUCCUCCUCGGCGUGCUCCUCCUCAUCAACCUCCUGGGCUACAUCCGCGGCCACUACCCGCAGCACUUUGCACUGACAGACUCGCAACGCACGCUGAUUCUCCAAACAACAACCUUCGUCAUCUGGCUGCUCAUCGGCGCGGGCGUCUUCCACCGCGUCAUCGACAUCUCCUUCGCCGACGCGCUUUACUUCUCGGACGUUACGAUCUUAACCCUCGGGUUCGGCGACAUCCCGCCCACGACGGCUGCGGCGAAGGCGCUGGCGCUGCCGUACGCUGUGAUGGGGAUCAUCAUCCUGGCGCUGGUGGUGGCGAGCGUCCAUCGCUCUGUGAGGGAGGUGAAGCACAAUAACGUUGUGAUGAAGCAUGCCGAGCGGCGGAGGCAGGCUGCUCUAGAGCACUUUCGUUCCCUACACGACAAGCCCUCCCCCUCUCCGCCACCGGGCGUCCCACCCCAGGCACCAGCAGGGACCGAACCCGAAGACAAAGCCCGCUUCCACGCCAUGCGGUCCAUCCAAAACAACACGUCCCACUUCCGCCGCUACUUCAACCUGUCCCUCAGCAUCCUGUCGUUCAUGGUAGUCUGGACCAUCGGCGCCGUCGUCUUCUGGAGCAUCGAAGCGCGCCAGGGGCUGAGCUACCAGGAAGCGCUGUACUUUGGGUUCUGCUCGCUGCUGACGAUCGGGUACGGCGAUAUCACGCCAAGGACGAAUGCGGGGAAGCCGUUCUUUGUGGUCUGGUCGCUUGUGGCUGUGCCGACUAUGACGACGCUUAUUGCGGAGAUGAGUGAUACGGUUGUGGAUGGGUUCAAGAGGGGGAUGGAUGUUGCGGGGGAUUGGACGGUGUUGCCGCAUCCGGGGCAGUAUAGGGCUUUGUUUAGGGUUCUGGGGGCAAUAACCAUCCAACGCGUCACAAAAGACGCCACCCUCGCCCCCUCCUCCUCUUCCUCCUCUCCACCCAAACAAUACACCUACACCCAGUGGACGGUCUUCAAGCGUCUCAUACAGAGUUCCGGCGCGGCCGCCUGGGCCGCUUCCACCCAUACACAUGCCUCUCUUCCUCCCGACGAUAGGCGGGAAGAGUUCAAGCGGAAGGAAGACGCGUAUGGGUUGCUGGACUGGGAUUGGAUCGGGGUAGAGAGUCCGAUGAUGGCGGGGAGGACGGAGCCCGAGUGGGUGCUGGAUCGGUUGUGUGAGAGCUUGGUGAGGGUGGUGGAUUUGGGGAGGUCGAGUGUUGCUUUGGCUACUGCUUCUGAUGUUGAUACUGCUGUGGAUUAG